AUCUCCCGAGCUUUUCUAGGUGCUACCCUAAGCCGUUUGAUUGACUGUGAGGCGUGUCCCGCCUCUCUCCGAUGGCUUCGGUUUGCAUUGGCUAGUAGUGCCUGUCACUUCUGUUUAGUUCACCACCCCUUUAUAGGUUCUAUCCCCUAUUAGCAGCUCCCCUCCAGCCUCUGGGAACCUUAAUUAGCUUCAAGGUUUUCGUCAGUGACACAAGCUGCUCUUCCUCCUCUUGCUCUUCCCCUCCCCCGCCGCAGGCCCCUCCCUCUCGCUCGGCGAACUCCGGGCUAGGAGCGCUGGCGCGCACACCCUUCCCAGUAUCCACCACCCUCUCAAGUUGUAGCGGUCGCUUCGCUGCGGGGGUUGGCCGUGGGCUGUAGACUGGCAGGCGGGCGGGGUGGGGGAGGGGGGUUUGAACUUGGCGGCGCGGAGCAGAGCGGCGGUGAGCUGGGACUGGUCCGGAGGAUCAGGGACUGCGGGUCCACCUCCUGCUCCGGGAAUGAGGGGCGGCCACUGACCAGAAGCAAGGAGACACCGAGGGGGUGGGGGGGGACACCACGGUAGCGGCGGGUGGUGGCAGCGGCAGCAGCAGCUCGGGCCGUGCGGAGCCCCGGGAUGGCCGCGGCGGGGGAGCCCCCCGGCAGGAACACAAGCAGCGGCAGAGGCAAUUGAGGCACUCUCUUGGACGGUCCUCUGCUCCCAGGACUCCGCAGAACUUCCCUCCAGCUCCGCACGCCCUCGACGCCCGCAGCCCCCAACUUCUAGCAGCCCGGGAGGAGCGCGUGCAGCGCUGGGAACCCGGCCCGAGAUGGGGCUCUGAAGAUUCGGAGGGCGGCCGGCCGGCCUGGGGCAGGAGGAGCAAGAAGAGAAGGAAAGGGGUGCUUCGGCAGCGCGGGAGCUGGUUCCCCUUCUCCCGGGAGCCGAAGGUGGGGAGGGUGCGGGCAGUUGGGGGUGACGGGGCCCGGAGGGGGGGGCUUCCGCUCCUCCUUCUCCUUCUCCUCCUGCCGUGACCGCUGCUGCCGCCGCCUCCAUGCAGCGCCAGCCUGAGCUGCCAAGCUCGGCGGCCGCGAUGUCGUCGUCGUCCCCGGCCAGCGCCGCCAUCUCAGCCUCGGAGAAAGUGGACGGCUUCACCCGGAAAUCGGUGCGCAAAGCGCUGAGGCAGAAGCGCGCGCAAGGCUCGUCGCAGUUCCGCUGUCAGAGUAGCCUGCCCGAGCUGCAGCCCUUGCCCCAGCUGAAAGAUGCCUCUUCAAAUGAACAACAAGACCUUUUCUGUCAGAAGUUGGAGCAGUGUUGCAUACUAUUUGAUUUCAUGGACUCCGUUGCAGACUUAAAAAGCAAAGAAAUUAAAAGGGCAACGCUGAACGAACUGAUUGAGUAUGUUUCAACAAAUCGUGGUGUGCUUGUUGAAUCAACAUAUUCUGAUAUAGUGAAAAUGAUCAGUGUCAAUAUCUUCAGGACUCUUCCUCCAAGUGAUAAUCCAGACUUUGAUCCUGAAGAAGAUGAGCCAACCCUUGAGGCAUCAUGGCCUCACAUACAGUUGGUAUACGAGUUCUUUUUAAGAUUUUUGGAGAGUCCUGAUUUCCAGCCAAGUAUUGCAAAGCGAUAUAUUGACCAGAAAUUUGUACAGCAGCUCUUGGAGCUUUUUGAUAGUGAAGAUCCCAGAGAGCGUGACUUCCUGAAGACGGUUCUGCAUCGAAUUUAUGGGAAGUUCCUUGGAUUAAGAGCAUUCAUCAGAAAACAGAUUAACAACAUUUUCCUCAGGUUUAUAUAUGAAACAGAGCAUUUUAAUGGUGUUGCUGAACUUCUUGAGAUAUUAGGAAGUAUUAUCAACGGUUUUGCCUUGCCUCUGAAAGCAGAACAUAAACAGUUUCUAAUGAAGGUUUUAAUUCCUAUGCACACUGCUAAAGGAUUGUCUUUGUUUCAUGCUCAGCUAGCCUAUUGUGUUGUACAGUUCCUGGAGAAAGACAUAACACUAACAGAACCAGUGAUCAGAGGAUUGCUGAAAUUUUGGCCAAAAACAUGCAGCCAGAAGGAGGUGAUGUUUUUAGGAGAAAUUGAGGAAAUCUUAGAUGUAAUAGAGCCAACACAGUUCAAGAAAAUUGAAGAGCCUCUCUUUAAGCAGAUAUCCAAGUGUGUGUCAAGUUCUCAUUUCCAGGUUGCAGAAAGGGCAUUGUACUUCUGGAAUAAUGAAUAUAUUCUUAGUUUGAUUGAGGAAAAUAUUGAUAAAAUUCUUCCAAUCAUGUUUGCCAGUUUAUACAAAAUUUCCAAAGAACACUGGAAUCCGACCAUUGUAGCACUAGUAUACAAUGUGUUGAAAACAUUAAUGGAGAUGAAUGGCAAGCUUUUUGAUGAUCUUACGAGCUCAUACAAAGCUGAAAGACAAAGAGAGAAAAAAAAGGAAUUGGAACGUGAAGAAUUAUGGAAAAAAUUGGAGGAGCUAAAGUUAAAGAAAGCUUUGACUGAAAAGCAUAACAGUACUCGCAGUGUGCACAAUGCACUCAACAGUACAAGUGCCAAAUAAACGAAAUGAUGAUGACUUCUGCUUGAAAGGCAGACUUUUUGUACACACUUUUUUGAAAUAUGUAAAAAUUUGCAAAGGAAAAACCUCAACAGUAUAAUGUAAUUAAAAGGCCAAUUUUUUUUUUCUGGCAUCUGUAAAUGAAAAAUUUGUGGACUAAACAUAGCCAUAUGUUACAUCAUGACCACAGUAUAUUGUAACUUUUUUGUCUAAUCAUUGAUUUAUUGUGUCACUUCUGAGGUUUCACAGAAAUGAAUGAAUUUUUAUUAUCCAUGAUACGAGUGAGAUAAUUAUGGGAGUGGUGAGAAUUAUGACUUGAAUUUUUUUUGAUUGUGUUGCAUCGCACAUAGAUGUAGUAGUCUGCUCUGUACAUUUUUUAAAUGUGCUUUUCACUUUGCUGCACACCUUGGUUGAGUUCUAGGAAAGGCAAUAUUUCCUAAAAUAAAACUAAGGCACAAUCCUUCCUUUCCUUUUUCCUUCCAAUAACACAAAGGGAGGAAUAGCCUAGCUUGCCCUUUUACCUUUUGUCCUUAAAGAUAUUACUGUAUUCUGGAAUUUGAGUGAAAAACUUAAAAUUUCCAGGAAAAAAAAAUUGUGAUAUUUUUAAAGCACAAGUUAGAAAUAAAAGCUGGGAAAAUAAACCAAAAUUCUCCAGAAUGUUCCUCAUGGUCAGCUGGAGAACAUCCCCCUUUACCUGCCAUCCCAUUAAUGACAUUCACUGGUCAGCAGGCAGCUUCAUAGAAGAGCGAUGAUGACGUGAUCUCUGACAUUACCUCUCAUUCAUUCCUCCUCUCUCCUUCCCCCAUGAAGCACAGGGCUGAAGGCAGGGCCUCUGGAGCCCUUCCUCCAUCCCUCUCUCCAUCUUUUCCCCCUCCCCCCACUGAUGGAGGCUUUGGGUCAUUCAGUGUGGGGAUGCAGAGCUCUAAUGAUCACUGCCUGGCUUUAUUUAAAAGAAAUGCAGUACGCUUCCUGAAUAGAAGACUCAAGAAACUGAUUCUAGGGGGCCUUGUACAUUUUUACUUGAUCAGAUAUUUCUCACAUCUUUUGUUAUCAGAGUACCAUUCCAAUCUCUUGCGGUUGCAUAGAAAGCUGUUUUGUAAUGGAAGAUCUUCACUGAGGGAUUGAGCAGCAUUUAAUAAAGUCUAUGUUUGUA